AUGAACAAUGAGAUUGGGGAUAAUGAUGAAAAUGGGCUUGAGUAUACACUGGAUGAAGCACUUGCAGAGGUUGGUUUUGGGAAAUUUCAAGUUCUAGUGCUUUUUUACGCGGGACUUGGGUCGAUGGCGGAGGCAAUGGAGGUGAUGAUACUCUCUUUUAUUGGACCAUCGGUGAAAUCUGAAUGGGGGCUUUCGUCUGGCCAAGAAAGCCUGAUAACCACCGUGGUUUUUGCCGGAAUGCUGAUUGGAGCUUAUUCUUGGGGUAUCAUUUCUGAUAACUACGGAAGAAGGAUGGGUCUUUUGAGUGUAGCAGCAGUAACUAGCAUAUUUGCACUUCUUAGUGCCUUUGCACCCAAUUAUAUAUCAUUGGUUGUGUGCCGUAUGGUAGCUGGAAUUGGUCUCGGUGGUGGACCUGUGUACUCGGCUUGGUUUCUGGAGUUUGUUCCCAUGCAAAACAGGGGCAUUUGGAUGGUUGUAUUUUCUACUUUUUGGACAAUUGGAACACUACUCGAGGCCGCAUUGGCAUGGAUCGUAAUGCCAAGAUUGGGAUGGAGAUGGUUGCUUGCACUAUCAUCAGUACCCUGUUUUACUGCCUUUCUCUUUUAUUUUCUCACAAUAGAGUCUCCCAGGUAUCUAUGUAUGAAUGGUAGGAUCAAUGAAGCCUAUAAUGUUUUGAAGAAAAUGGCAGAAAUCAAUCAAACGAAACUUCCUUCUGGUUUGCUUGUUUCUGAUAAAGUGACUGAGAUGAAUGAUGAAAUGACACGUUCGGAAGAAACCCAGUUACUAUCCACAGGAAGAGACAAGAAUGCCAUAUCUAAACCAGGCUUCUCGUCGUUACUCGUGCUGUUUUCUCCAAGCUUAGUGAAGACCACCCUUCUCUUGUGGAUGAUCUACUAUGGAAAUUCAUUUUCAUAUUAUGGUGUCGUAUUAAUGACCUCGGAGUUCAGCAGUGGGGAAAUCAAAUGCAACUCAGCUAUUCUGAAUUCACGCAUAUUGAAGGAUUCUAGCCUUUAUAUAGAUGUAUUUGUCACUAGUUUUGCAGAGCUUCCUGGUCUCAUUUUAUCUGCAUUUCUUGUGGACAAAGUUGGUCGCAAAAUUUCCAUGUUACUUAUGUAUUUAUUUGGCUUCAUGUUCCUUUUACCUCUGAUGUUCCAUCAUUACAAAAUUUGGACCACGGCUCUAUUAUUUGGAGCUCGUAUGUUCAUCAAUGGGAACUUCACAGUUGCAGGUGUUUACUGUCCGGAGAUAUAUCCGACAUCGGUGAGGACAACAGGAGUCGGACUUGCCAGCGCAGUGGGAAGAAUUGCGGGCAUGAUUUGUCCACUCGUAGCCGUAGAUUUGAUGUCUGGUUGUCAUCAAAUGGCUGCAAUAAUUUUAUUUGAGGUUGUAAUAAUUCUCUCAGCUAUUAGUGUUCUGUUCCUCCCAUUUGAAACAAAGGGAAGAGAACUAACUGAUACUGUUGCUGUAAAUAAAUAA